AUGAGUCGAUGGGUCCUAUUGCUCCUAAGCACCCGGUGCCGCGCGCGCUACUGGAACGAGAGCCUGGUCGACGGCCUCGGCCGCUUCUGCGCCGAGACCUUCGACGAGGCGCGCUUCGUCGAUCGCACGCGGCUGUCGCCCCUCGGACCCCGGACGGGCGUCUUCCUGACCGUCGACGCGGCCACGGACGCGCAGACGCAACGGCGCGUGGUCCUGAAGCGGGCCCCCGGUGGCAUGGCGAUUCAUCUCGCGAACGACCUCCUCCCGAACCUGCUGAACGUGUCCGGCGCGCACGUGAUGACCGCGACGGCGUGCUUCGACGGCGGUGCGACCCGCGUCGCGACCUACGAGCGCAUGGACGGUUCGCUGGUCCAGCUCCUCCUGGCCACGAACGGCACCGACCCGCUCAGGUUCGUGCCGCCGCGCCGCGACCGGGCGUGCUUCGCUCUGACGGCGGUGCACCAGAUGCUGCGGGGCCUGGCGGCGGCGCACGCCGUCGGCAUCGUAAACCAGGACGUCCACGCCGGCAACCUGCUGUACAAGGGCGCGGGGCCGGCCAUGCGGUGGAAGGUCUCGGACUUCGGGCGGGCCUGCCUGGCCGGCGCGCGGCCGGGAACGGGGGGGUGCCUGGCGACCGCGGGCGCGCUGGCGGCGGCGCCGGAGGCGGGGCGCGUGGCCCUCACGCCCGCGAGCGACGUCUGGGGCGCGGGGCUCGUCUUCCUGCUCCUGCGGUGCGCGCACGGGCCCGACACCGCGCGCCGCCAUGGCGUCGAGGAGCGACCGGAUCGUCUCGCAGCUCGUUUCCGCGAGCUCGCGCAGCGGCUCAGGCGGCGCCGCGUCGGCGCCACGCUCGCCGCGGCGGCGCUCCCGGCCGAGGCGGCGCGGUGCCGGCUCCGCGCCGAGCCGGCGCGCGAGGGCGAGUUGCUGGAGGCGAUGCUGGACCCGCGCUGGGAAAAACGGCCGACCGCGUCGUGGCUCGCGGGCGAAUUCGCGGACCUGGUGCGGCGGCGGUGUGCUAGGAGUCGCCUCUAG